CCCCGCGGCCGAUGGCGCCGGGUUCCCGAGCGGUGACACGGGCUGUCACCCCGGGAGUCCCCAGACACUACCGGAGCUGCCCGGUCGCCCAGAUCCCCGUGACAAGUCCCUCGUUGCCCUCUCUCCGCGCUAUCAGCCUCGGUGCCUGCCGGAGUCUCAGUGGACUUGCCCCCGCCCCUAAGCCAGCGGCCGCGUCUGCGCCUGCGCGGCACUCACUCCUAAUAAGGCCGGGGCCCCGCCCCUAUCGCCCUACCGGAGGGUUCGCAUUCUCCCGCCUUCCCUGCGCCACCCGGGCGAUUGGUCUGUCAACUCUCGCCCGGGGUGGGGGGAGGGCGCGGAGGGUGGCCAAACGGCAGGCUGCGCCCCGCCCCCUCUUAAAGGGGCCGCAUGGCUGCACCGACCCCUUCGCCCCAAGUCCGACGGUUGCCCCCGAGAGCCCAGGCGGCCGGGUUCCCGUUUCUGUACCCCACCGGGAUGAGGGAGCGCCGGCCCGGCUCGCUCGACCCCGUGGCACCGACCUUGCCUCCAUCUGGCGGAUCCGGGAUGCGCCUCCCUCGCGAGCCUCCGAGACUGCGAGCGGGGCCCCAGGGCGCUGCCGGCCGAGUGAGGCCUGCGGGAACUAAGGCGACCCAGGGUGCAGCGGGCGCGGCUCCGGGCAUGCGCGGCGACUUCCCGCCGAGCGCCCAGCGGCCGUGGUCGGUCACCUCCGGCCGCUGCGGGCCUCACCGAGCACCGGGGGCUGACCGCGGAGAAACUGAAUUCGUCUGGGAAGAACUUCACUUGAGAAGAUGCCUCCUUCAGAUUGCCCUGUGGGAAAGUCUGCAGUGAAUUUUCUGGAUUGAUGAUUGACGUGGGAGGGCUGAGAACCCCGUCCACCAUGGGCAGUGAUAUUCCUGAGCUGGUGGUCCCGGGUUCAAUAAGAAAGCAAGCAGAGUGCCCCGUGAAGAGCCAGCCAGGGAGCAGCACCCCUCUGGGGCCUGGGCAUCAGUUUCUGCCUCCAGGGCCCUGCUUGAGUUCCUCCCUUGAUUUCCAGCAGCCAUGGACUGUGGUAUGGAAGUGCAAACCAAAUAAAUGCUUC